AGGCCUCGUCUUGAUCCUCUAUUCUUACUUGAAUGCAGCCAUGGAGAGCUCAAAUUAAGCCUCACGCAGCACUACUAUCCUGCCCCGGUUUGGGUCACCUCAUCCCCGUCCUGGAGCUAGGUAAACGCCUCGUAACUCAUCAUGGUUUUGACGUUACUGUCUUCGAAAACUAAAAAACUAUGAUAAGUGACAUGCAUGUCGGUGAAAAGAUUUUAUAAAACUUGAUGAAGUAAAGGUUAUUGAAUGUAUAAAAACCUGCAGAUUAGGUUUUUAUGGGCAUCAUGUUUUUAGCAAACAAACAAUAAUAAAAUUUGAUAUCGUAUUCCAUCCUAUUGAAGGUAUCUUAAAUUGUAUAGAUCUACACAAAAGUUGGUACUUUAUUUUAUUGAUACCAUGACAUAUGUAAUUUUAACCAUAGAUGAUGAUCUAUCUUCUCCUUAUUAGUCGGAUUUGAUUAAUAUCUUAUCCGCCUGAAAUUUUUUAAUGUAUCAAAACAAUAUAUUUUAUUAUGUAUAUUUGGCCUUAUUUGAAUAUGGGAUGUUGGCCUUAGCACAAAAUAUACACACGAAUCUUUAAGUGAUUUGUUGUGGAAUUUAAUAAUGAUAAUUUGAUUUUUUAAUCGACUUAAAUAAUUGAAUUUAAUGUUCCCAAUCAGGCAUUAUUAUGAUUAUCCUAAAUAACAAAAUAAAUAAAUAAAUGCAUAUAAUAGUCUCGGCAAGUAAAAGUCGUGCACAAAGCCAGAGUUGGUAUGCAUUAACAUUUGAUUUGACAAACCAACAAAAAAUUACGAAUAUAAAAAUGGCUCCAUAGUGCGAGUGGUCCAGGUACUGUUGUCUUUGAUGAUUUCAAUACCAGAGUUGUCCGCCGUGACAUUGAUGCACGACUUUAAAACGCCAGAUGAGGCAGUUUCAUCUGUUAUUUUCCACAACCCAUCUGAGGCUAGGGCUGCCGGUCGGAUAAUCACUAAGCUCUCUAUCCCCAGGUGGUGCAAUUGCGAUCCAUCUUCAUAUAAGAGUACCCUUUGCGUAUACUCCACCUUAAUAAUCUCUUUCUAAGGCGGCGUGUUUGCAUUCUGUUGAUUGUUGGUUCUUUCUUCUUAGUUGCAGAGCAGUUAUGGAGAGUUCAAAGCCUCAUGCAGCACUACUAUCCAGCCCCGGUUUGGGUCACCUCAUCCCCAUGCUGGAGCUCGGGAAACGGCUUGUAACUCAUCAUGGAUUUGACGUUACUGUCUUCACCAUAUCAGCUUCUACAUCACCUGCAGAGUCCCAACUUCUCCAGUCGAUUGCCAGUCCCCAGCUCCUAAACAUGGUUGAACUCCCCCCAGUGGACAUGUCCAACCUGGUUGACGCUGAUGCUAAGCUAGUUACACGCAUUGCUGCGAUUAUGAGGGAGAUAAUACCGAGAUUCCGGACCGCAAUCUCCGGAAUGAAGGUUCGACCCACAGUCCUCAUCCUGGACUUCUUUGGAUUUGAAGCCCUCCAUAUCUUAGAAUUCGACAUGCCAAAGUACAUUUACUUCCCUGGGACUGCAUGGUUUCUGUCAUUAUCGGUAUAUGCUCCAAUUUUAGAUAUGGAGGUGGAAGGGGAGUAUGUAGAUAGAACAGAACCGCUUAGUCUUCCCGGAUGCAAACCGGUACGGCCAGAAGAUGUGGUUGACCCGAUGCUGGACCGGACGAAUCAGGAGUACCUUCAGUACGUGCGCAUGGGGGCCGGGCUGUCUAAGUGUGACGGAAUUUUGUUGAACAUGUGGGAGGAUCUGGAACCCACCACGCUCAGAGCACUUAGAGAUGAAGAAGCAAUGGCGCCUUUUGUAAAGGUACCGAUUUACCCUAUUGGUCCUCUGACAAGAUGUCCAGGAGGGGUAGCUCCGAGGGAGCUGUUGGAUUGGCUAGACCUGCAACCCACUGAGUCAGUUAUUUACGUCUCUUUUGGGAGUGGUGGAACGAUCACAAUCGAGCAACUCACUGAGCUGGCUUGGGGAUUGGAACUGAGCCAGCACAGAUUUAUCUGGGUGGUGCGGCCGCCCAUCCAAAAUAAUUUAUAUGGGUCCUAUUUUACGUUAGGAAACGGAGGUGAUGAUCCAAUACGUUACUUGCCAGUUGGGUUCCUAGGCCGUACCAAAACUAUUGGAAUUGUGAUCCCAAACUGGGCUCCUCAAGUGGAUAUCCUCCGCCAUCCAUCGGUCGGAGGAUUUUUAUCACACUGCGGGUGGAGUUCCACGCUAGAGAGUAUAGUCAACGCUGUGCCAAUGAUUGCGUGGCCUCUUUUCGCGGAGCAAAGAUUGAAUGCGACGAUAGUGACGGAGGACCUCGGAAUUGCUGUCAGACCGGAGGUGUUGCCGACUAAGAGGGUGGUGAGGAGAGAGGAGAUAGAGAAGAUGGUUAGGAGGGUGAUGGUUGACAAAGAAAUGAGAAAUAGAGUAAAAGAACUAAAGAAGAGCGGAGAGAGCGCUUUAAGCAAGGGUGCGUCCUCUUAUAACUCACUCUCUCUAAUAGCCAAAGACUGAAAUGAGCGUGCGUCUGCCAGAAAGACGAGGUUCAGUUAGGGUCCAUGGUUGCUGAUUUAUGUGACAGUGUGUGUAAAAAUUUGGUGUAAUGGAUGAACCGUUCUGGAAUAAGAACGUAAUAAGUAUAUGGGGUAGGCCUAUUUCCGACUCCGCCACCCAUGGAAUUUGUCCUUGUAUUGAAGUGCAGCCCCAACCCCAUGACAGUGUUUCCUUAAA